UGUCUUUUCAUAUUAAUGGAAAUAUACGUUUUCGAGAAAAAUUUUAAAGAAACGAUAUUCUCAAACAUAAAAACGUAGACUACCAAUUUCAAGCUUAUCAAAUAGUGAAAUAAAUGAAAAUUUAUGUAUGCGUGGUACUUAAAGGAAACGACAGGUGAUAUGCGGUUAAAACUUGUCACGGCAUUAUCUAUUUUAUUCACUUUUCUAUUAAUGUUAUUUGUAAAUAUGUAUUAAUAUUCACACUUAGUUUUAAUAUUAACACCGUGUUUUUUUACAAUGAUUCGAAAGAUAUUACAGCUUGAUUUUUAAAUAUGUAUUCUAAUGUAAUAUCUGUGCACUAUAAUUCUAAACGAGAAGAAUUUAAAAAAUAUAUGAUUGGAAGGGUUUGAAAAUGCAAUUACUCUGUACAGUUUUUUAAUAGUACUUACUUUAUGAUGAUUAUUCAAUUAUUAAAUGCAACACUGAGGAACAAUGUUGUUUGAUAAUUUUAACGUUUAUAGAUUAUUACGUACACGAGGAAGAUUGUAUGCAUAAUAUGUAUGUAUUUCUUAAUACGUUUAACAUCUGCACUGCAGACAUCUGCUACAGUCCUUACCUUUAUUAUCAUAGAUAAGAUAGCAGGUAGAACCAACAUGGCUGCACAAGUAAGUUUGGCGAUAAUAAUCGUUCUCAUGAAUUUGGAAUACACGACAGGAGGAAAUCUAUGGUGUUACCAAUGCAAUACCGAUUUGACAAAUGGACAUACAAGAGAGUGCAACGAUCCUUACGUCCCGACGCCUUAUUUCGACUUAGUUCUCUGUCCCCAAAACGAGUCGCAGAAUUGUCUUAAAAGCGUCAUCGAUUAUGGGCACAUAUUGGUAACGGUGCGAGGUUGCGUCCCGUCACGAGAAAUCGAUGGAUACUGCCAAUUAGAGGAAUAUUUUCAGGGAUCCAGCAUUGCGUGUUAUUUCUGCGAAGGCUACGCUUGUAACAAUCAAAAUUCUACUCGUGUAUUCCUGCUACACAAUUUAGCAUUUCUUUUAGCUUCCAUCGCUAUAAUGUUGUAUUUAUAAUAAUAUUUACUUUGCGUCUUAUUUAGUUCUUAAUUAUUCCAUUCCAGAAAUAUUAAGUUGCAACAUACGAUACGAUCGAUUCCACAAACACGAAAAAUGUUUCAGAUUCUAGCGUAGUUAAAUGUGUAGUUAAAUACGUUAGUAGUCUGUAAUCAAUGUUAAUAUUUUUAUCAUUAAUAUUUUAAAAUAAAUGUAAAUAAUUCCUGGUCGAUAUUUAAUUUUACAAAUAAUAUGUCAUUUAGUAUUCUAAUUGUGAUGUAAUUAAAAGAAUUUUAAUAUGCCUGAUGCCAAAGUUGCGGAACCGAUUUGUUUUCUCGUUAGUGAUAUUAAAAAUUAUAAUAAAAAUUUAUCAACGAAAAGAUUUAAUUCUGUGUGAAAAUUUGUACAAAUCACGUCCUAGUCUAUGAGAAGAUAGAAAUUCAAAAACGAUGAAAAUUAUCGAGUCAAAAUGAAAUUCAAUCAUUGAUCACUCUGGAAUAUUUCAAUUUUUGAGAAUAAAGAUUUUGUGCAACAAAACACGUGAAAUGUAAAAUUAAAAGUAUAAAAUUGUUUUCUACACUCGAUAUAUCAUUUUUAGAUUUGAAGCUAUUCGAAUACGACAUGAUCGGUGUUUUAUCAGUUGCUUUAUUUUAAAAUGACAGGAAUUGCGUCGAUACGAACCAUAGAUGAGAAUCAAAUUUGUGUGCUUUUUCUGUAUAAAUUUGGAUUUGGUUAUAUCACAGUGGAAGUUGAUCACCAUAUUGACAUAGUUUUGAAAAAAGAUGUAAUAAAUGAACAUACCUAAAGAUGAGGAGAUUCAAAUGUCGACGACCAAACCAAACAAGUUUCGGAUUAAGUUCAAUUAAAGAUUUUAAUUGAAUAUCGUAUGCGUAAGUUCAUUAAAUGUUGUAUACAAAUUAGAUUUAUACAACACAUUUGUGUCAUCUAUCAGCCACAGAGAAAAUCAAAAAUUGGUCUAAUGAUUUUAUUAUGUUUAGAAGCAGUAAUAUUUAGAAAUAUAUAAACUUUUUUUUCCUCUUGUACAAAAUAAAAAACAAGCACUUAUACACAAAAAGGCAUACCCCAUCAAUUUCAUUCACUUUGAUAUAUUGUCGGGCUCAAUGAUCGGAGUAAUUUCACUUAUACAUACAUACAUACAUAUAUACACAGUCUGUCGUAAAAGCAACCGAACUUUUAAAUAACAAGGCAGAGGCAUCGUUUUGAUGAAAAUGUUUCAUUUUAUUCAAACCACAUUUCCCCCAAGGGCGAUACAACCAUUUGUAUGACAAACCAAUGCGACAAACAAUUGUUACACGUCUUCUUAUUCUUUUGAGAAUGCUCGUCACAGCUUUGCAAAUGUCUUGAAUGUUGAA